CCUGCACCGGCAAUUUUAAACUCAUUUUCCCACACUUAUCGUGUCUUGUCUCGGACAUCCUACUGUAACAGAUCCUAAGUCUGCGGUCUGUUACUAUUCGUUAAACCGUCUUCUAUUAUACUAGUCCAACCUGCAUCAUGCCUGAACCUCAUAUUCAGGACAAGGUGUACAAGCGAUCGCUGGAGGACCCCGAAGCUUUCUGGACUGCCCAGGCAGAUCAACUGCAAUGGCACAAGAAGCCAGACCGAGCGCUACAAAGGACUACUAAGACCCUGAAAAGCGGAGUAAAACAUGAUCAUUGGACCUGGUUCCCGGGAGGCGAGAUUUCUACAACAUAUAACUGUAUCGACAGACAUGUCCUGAGCGGCAAUGGCAACACAGUUGCCAUCUGCUGGGAUAGCCCCGUUACUGGCUUGAAAGAGCAAUAUACGUACAAGCAACUCCUCGAGGAAGUCGAGACGCUCGCCGGCGUCCUGCGAGAAGAAGGCGUGAAAAAGGGAGACGUCGUUCUGAUCUACAUGCCAAUGAUCCCCGCAGCCCUUUUUGCUAUGCUUGCCAUUGCCCGACUUGGCGCUAUUCACGCUGUCGUCUUUGGGGGGUUCUCCCCAGCCUCGCUUGCCCAGCGCAUGGAAGCCUCCAGACCAAAAGCCGUAAUGACUGCAUCAUGUGGCAUCGAAGGCAACAAGGGCCCAAUGGGAUACAAGAAGCUCCUCGAAGAAGCUAUCCGGACGAGUAGCUUCAAGCCUUCAAAGGUUAUUGUUUGGCAGCGCGAGCAACUUCGAUGGGAGCCCGUGGUCAAAGAGGAUGGCCAACGGAACUGGCAAAGACUAGUCAAGAGUGCGAAGGAUAGAAGGCUGAAAGCGGCAGCUGUUCCAGUGAAGAGCUCAGACGCAUUAUACAUUAUCUACACUAGUGGAACGACGGGAUUGCCAAAGGGCGUUGUCCGCGAAGCCGGGGGACACGUUGUUGGUCUCAACCUCUCAAUUAAACAAAUUUUUGGAGUCCACGGCCCUGGAGAUGUUAUGUUUACCGCCUCAGAUAUUGGGUGGGUCGUCGGGCAUUCUUACAUUGUGUAUGCACCACUCCUUGCCGGUGCUACAACCGUGCUCUUUGAGGGAAAACCGGUUGGUACUCCCGACGCUAGUACUUUCUGGAGAAUUAUCGAAGAGUACAAAGUUACGACCAUGUUUACCGCGCCCACGGCGCUACGAGCGAUUCGUCGUGAAGACGGUGACAACGACUACUUCGAGCAAAUCUACGGCAACCGAGGAGGACUUAGGACAUUACGAGCGCUUUUCUUGGCAGGCGAACGGAGCGAACCAAGCAUUGUUCAAAUGUACCAAAAACUACUCAGCAAGCACUGUGCGGGCGGCGCAGUAGUUAUCGACAACUGGUGGUCAUCAGAAUCUGGUAGUCCCAUCUCGGCUAUAGCUCUGAGCGCUGCAGCUGGAGAGAAUUUCGGCAGUGCACAUCGCCACCAGCCGCUCCAGGUGAAGCCCGGCUCCGCUGGAAAGGCAGCGCCCGGGUUUGAUGUGAGGAUUGUAGAUGAUGAGGGGAAUGAACUGAAGCCAGGAUCCAUGGGAAACAUUGUCAUGGGUAUGCCUCUUGCGCCAACGGCAUUUACGACUCUAUGGGAAGAUGAAGACAGAUUCUAUAGAGGAUACUUGAAGCGCUUCAACGGGAAAUGGAUUGAUACUGGCGAUGCAGGCAUGAUUGAUAGAGAUGGGUACAUCUCGAUCAUGUCAAGAUCUGACGACAUCAUCAAUGUUGCCGCUCAUCGAUUCAGCACAGGGGCGAUCGAGCAAGCAGUGACCUCACACCCAGACAUUGCGGAGGCUGCUGUGGUUGGCAUCCCAGACUCGUUGAAAGGACACCUCCCCUUUGCCUUCAUUACACUAUCAACACAUCACCACCCCCACCCUGCUGUCCCAGACGACAAACUCUUUAAGGAAGUCCAACUGCUGGUCCGACAGCAGAUCGGGGCAAUUGCUAGUCUGGGAGGGAUGAUCCAGGGCAAAGGCAUGAUCCCAAAGACAAGGAGCGGGAAAACACUUCGCCGUGUUUUGAGGGAGUUGAUAGAGAACGCAACUGACGGUGAAUUCGAGAAAGAGGUGCAAGUACCUACAACCAUUGAAGAUGCCGAGGCUAUUGAAGUUGCGAAGGCAAAGAUCAAAGAGUAUUUCAGGCACAAAGGAAAGGAUCUCCACAAGGCUCCGGAGACGAAAGCGAAAUUGUAAGAAUGGUUGUAUAUUAUCUUCCAUUUCUGGCGGCUUACACCGGCAUUCAUUGGUUGGUUGGGAGGACUUCUAACUUGCCUGUAUGAGUAUGCAAGGCUUCUACAGCAAUCAUAAAUCG